GAACACCGCCGCGACCCGACCAAGGUCAGCAUGUGGAGGCUGGCAGCUCGUGUCCUUCUGGGGACCAAAGUCCACCCCGUGACCCGGCGCCUGCUUGCUGGGGCUGCAAACCUGCAGUGCUGCUGGUGGGGGACAGCACGGAGGACCUACACGGGCUACAUGAGCGCGGGGAUACGGAAAGUGGAGGCUCCAGAUGCGGAACACCUCGUCCGCGUGCAGUGGGAGGAUGGAAGUGAGAGCUGCUACCCCUGCGUCUGGCUGCGGGACAACUGCCAGUGCCCACACUGCUUCCUGCACUCUGCCAAGGCCCGCAAGCUGCUCUUCGAGGACCUGGAUGUUGACAUCGUGGCCAAGGAAGUCACUCUGACAGACAGGAGAAAGAUAUCUAUCACGUGGCCCGACGAACACACAAGUGAAUAUGAAGCUGAGUGGUUGAAAAAACGAUGCUUCUCUGAAGCAGCCAGAGCAGAAAUGAGAGAAGAUUUAUUUUUACCAGAACAUCAGUACUGGGGCUCAGACCUACAGCUUCCCAAAAUGCCUUUUGAAGAAAUCAUGUACAAUGAUGAGAGUGCCUACAAGUGGCUGUGCACCCUGAAGAAGAUGGGAGUUGUGCUGCUAACAGGAGCUGCUACAAGGCAGGGAGAGUUGGUGAAGCUUGGCCACAGGAUUGGUUUCCUGCGUCUCACUUUUUAUGGGCCGACUUGGCAAGUGCAGGACAAAGCAGAUGCCAACAAUGUGGCUUACACAACAGGGAAGCUGUGCUUUCACACCGACUACCCUGUCCUGCAGCAUCCACCUGGGGUUCAGUUUCUCCACUGUAUCAAACAAACAGCCACAGGAGGUGAGAGCGAAAUUGUAGAUGGAUUUCAUGCAGCUAACAAGCUGAAGCACCAAAAUCCGCAAGCUUAUCAGAUCCUGACCUCUACUGCUGUAGACUACACGGACAUUGGGGUUGACUACUGUGAUUUUGCUGUGCAGGGUAAACAAAGGAUCAUAGAUGUGGAUUACAGAGGCCAAGCAGUUCGCAUCAAUUUCAAUAAUGCAACAAGAGACACAGUGUUUGACAUACCAGCUGAAGAAGUGAGGCCAUUUUAUGCAGCUCUAAAGGAAUUCAAUGAUUUAUUAAACAGCACAGAACACAAGUUUACUUUCAAGCUGAAACCAGGAGACAUAGUAACGUUUGAUAACUGGCGAGUGCUGCACGGCCGUAGCAGCUAUCAGUCAGGCUCUGAAGUGACACGUCACCUCGAGGGCGCCUACGCAGACUGGGAUGUGGUCAUGUCGAGGCUCCGGCUCCUCCGAAAGAGGGUCCUCAAUAGGGACUGAGUUUCCUGCUGACUAGAACAAGCAAAACUAGAUUGCCUAGCCUCAAAAAGAAAAAAGAAAAAAAAAAGUAUUUUAAUUGAGAAACUAACAUGGUGAAUAUCUGAAUCUAUUAUUGAUUUCCAUUAGCUGCUAAGAAAGCUGUCACUCAGCACAACGUAAGGUCGGUAUCUGGUGUGGUAAUUUAAGAGUGAAUCACUACCUCAUUGAGUUUAAAGCCAUUUUUUCACACAGUUUUUAAAAAGCAUAUAAGGGUUGUCAGCUUGUGGGCUGACUGGGUAUCAAGCUGCUGUAAGUCGCCUUCACUAAUACACCUGCCUCCCUAGGAAGUUGAAAGGGAUGUCAAGAGUUUAGAAGCAUUGCUUAUUAAAGGUUUGUCAUGAACUACCAACCACUAUUUUCAAAAAACAAGUGUCCUUCAUUGUACAAAUCAUAACCAAAUUCAUUACUAAAAUAAACGACCUCUGCUUUGGAGUUAUUUGUCUAAAGAGACCCUUCUAAACAGAACCACACUUCAAUACAAGUCAUACAACAAGUGCUGGAAUCUGUGUAUUUGCUGUGCAUGUGACAGUCACAGCCACAAGGAACUUUCAUUACAGAGCUCUCAAAGAAUGCAUUGAGUUAUUUUUCCUCUGCACCAGGAGCAGAAAAAUUUGUGUAGAAGUCAGAGGCAGGGCCAGGAUCACACCAGAUGCUGUGCAUAGAUAAAAUCAAGAUCUUCAAGGCUGAUAUAGUAAAGUCAGGAAGAUGAAUGCUACUUCCACUGCACAGCUUGAAAUUAGAACACCUAGGAGGCAGCUGCUGACUCAGCACCUGACAGACAAGUUGCAGCUGUACUCAGGUCCAGUUUUGUUACAACAAACUCAACCUUUGGCAGAGGUGGUCUGCAGGAUCAUAGAAUGGCUUGGGUUGGAAGGGAUCCUCAAGUUUUGAUGCCUUUGCCACAAGCAGGGCUACUAGUCAAUAGGUCAAGUGCUAGAUGAUCAGACUGCCCAGCAUCCAUCCAUCUGGGCCUUAAACCCCUCCAGGGAUGGGUAUUUCCCUUUCAGUAUCAUUCCAACUAGAGAUCACACCAUGCAAAAAUCACCGCCAUUGGAGCAGCGUGCAGCAGGUGAGCUACAGCUCUGCACCACUGGAUUUUCCGUCUUGUUCAGAUGCCAAAAUGAAAGGGAAAGGUUUAAAAUAUGUACUUCCUUACCUCUCUGUGUCCAUACCCAACAAUACAUCCACUGAGCUGAUUCUUUACCGUCCUUCUCACUGCAGUUAACAGGAUGCAGAGUCAGACACAAUCAACACCCUCCACUACUAGAUGUGCUCCAUUCAGUCACCUGGGUGUUUGGAGCCUGUCCUACUUCAUAAAUAGUGAAAUGCUUUUGUCAGCUUUUGAGGGGACAGUAAUAUGAUGCAUAACAAAAUGAACUUUUAGCAGUUAUUUAAUUUCCCAGCAUGUCCUUUAAUAAUUAACUGUGGAAAGAAGAUGAAAGUAUUUGCUGUCCUUGCUAUGAAAAGGUUUACACCUAUAUUCUAUGAACCACCAGCAAUACUGUGCUCUAACUGUGAUAUCUGAACAAUUUAGUGAGAAUUUCAAUUUAUGGCUUUUUAGCAAGACAUCUUGGGAUUAAUAAAGAUGAUUAAGAAGAAAGAUUUUCUGCUUUUACUCUGUACUUUUCUAAAAUUUGUUUUAUUCAAAUGUCUGAUUAUUAAAAGCUAUUAAGGAACUGA